AUGGCAAAGCUGUAUCAGAACGUUGACUCUGCACAGUUGCAGCGUGAUGCUGACGAUUGUUUGUUGACCUACGGAACGGAUUUCCACCCUGAAAUCAUUACCAAUGCCGAAGGGCAAUCCAUCACCACGGCGAGCGGUCAUCGCAUGUUGGACUGGACGAGCGGACAGAUGUCGACCCUCAUAGGUCACGCAAACCCAGAGAUCGUCGAGACAAUUCAUGCGCACGCUCGCAACCUCGAUCAUCUUUUCAGUGGAAUGCUUUCGCCUCCGGUCAUAUCGCUUGCAAAGCGCUUGACAUCGGUCACACCUCCCGGACUGGACAAAGCUCUCUUCCUGAGCACCGGUGGCGAGAGCAACGAGGCCGCAAUCCGACUGGCCAAGUUCUACACCGGCAAGUUCGAGAUCGUUGGGCUGGCGUCUAGCUGGCACGGCGUGACUUCCGGUGCAAUUGCAGCACAAUACCAUGCUGGCCGUGCUGGCUACGGUCCGAACAUGCCUGGCAACAUCGCUUUGCCGACUCCAAACUCCUAUCGAUCAAUCUUCAGACAUCCCGAUGGCUCGCAUGAUUGGAAGACCGAGCUUGAAUAUGGUUUCGAUCUCGUCGACAAGCAGUCCUGUGGCUCGCUAGCCGCCUUGAUCCUCGAGCCAAUCCUAUCGUCGGGUGGCAUGCUUGUCCUCCCACCAGGAUACCUGAAGGCCGUAAAGCAACACUGCGAGCGAAGAGGCAUGCUGUUGAUUAUUGAUGAAGCCCAGACCGGCAUUGGUCGGGCUGGUGACAUGUUUGCUUUCCAGCACUUCGCUGAGGAUGAUGGAGUCGUGCCGGACAUUUUGACCUUGAGCAAGACCUUGGGCAAUGGUCUGCCACUCAGCGCCGUUGUUACCAGCAACAAAAUUGCCAGCUUUGCGAAGGAGAACAACUUCCUAUUCUACACAACGCACAUCAAUGACCCUCUGCCCGCCGCGGUAGGCGACAAAGUGCUGGAGAUCGUGAUUCGGGAUCACCUUGUCGAGCGCUCACGAGAGAUGGGCAAAGUUUUCCAGGAGCGACUCCGAGCUUUGCAGUCCCGCUACGGUUGCAUCGGCGAUGUACGCGGACGUGGUCUCAUGGCCGGCGUCGAGAUCGUCGCCGACCGUGUGACCAAGGAAGGCGACAUUGACCUGGGAGCAGCGAUUGGAAAGAGAAUGACCGAAAAUGGUCUCUGGGCUCAGCUAUCCACGAUGGCGUCUUUCGGCGGUGUUUUCAGACUCGCUCCGCCGCUCACUACGACUGACGAGGAGCUCAUGGCUGGGCUUGAUAUCAUCGAGGAGGCAUUCGCGUCGACUCCAGGCACGAAGCCACUGUAUGAGAGAGACGUGGCGGCAGCAUAUGACUCGCAAGUCGAUGCAAGGCUUUGA